AUGUCGAAGCGCACCGCCACUGGCUCCACCUCGCGGGAACUUCGCUUGCGCGGUGGAGACGUCGUUCGCAUCGGAGACAAAGAUGUGGAUCUUUACAGCACGAGGCUCUGUAUCAAGCUCCGCGUGCUGCCUGGGAAGCUGCCCGAGGCGAUUGGCAAGCUGGUCGCGCUGCAGAGGCUCUACGCGACCAACAACCAGCUCGGUGCGCUGCCCGAGGCGAUCGGCAAGCUGGUCGCGCUGCGGCAACUCCAAGUGCAAAACAACCAGCUCGGCGCGCUGCCCGAGGCGCAUCGGCGACGUCCCGGCGAGCUCAUGUCCCCCCAAAAGGUCGCACCGGCCCGUGGCUCCGCCGUCGGCUCCGCCGCGAGCGGCGACGGCGGCCUGUUUUUAGCAAAAAGCAGAUACCACAUCGCGUGUGGUCGUCGAAAGGCCGCAUUCGCGGUGCUCCUCAAAUACCGCUCAAACGCCCACGACGUUGUGCGGGAGGCGGGGACAUAUGCUGAUGAUCCUGGCCCGAUUGGUUCGCUCAGAAAGCUUCUGGGCGGUCGUUAA